AUACUACGGCGGUGCGGAGGGAACGGCGGGGGAAACCAUGGAAACGAGAGUCACUGUUGGACCCAUUGGACCCAAUCACGAGACGAAAACAAGCCCCCUCCUUCCUGCCGCACCUGUUUAUGGUUUAUGUUUAUUAAGUAAAUUGCUGGUCUAUAAAGGAGCUCAGUGCGGUUGAUUCAGGGUUUGGCAUCAAACAUGUGGAAUUUCAUUGAGAAGUUCUGUGACGCUUCAGAAACUUGCAAGAAAUCAGCACCUCUUAAAAAUGCUUGGAUCAACAUUAAUUGGGGCGAUAGAGAAGAGGAAGUCAAGUGGCUGAAUUCGUUCAGCCUCGAAGAGGGCACCAAAAAGCACCUUCGGAUUCUGCUCUAUGGCCCGUCUGGAAGUGGAAAAUCCAGUUUCAUUAAUUCUGUUGACAGUGUUUGUCAGAACAGGAUAAGCCGUCCUGCAGCAGCCUCGAGCAGUGGGGACACCUUCACUGUCAAGUACAAAACACAUCAAAUCCAAAAAGGCAAGGCAGGCCGAUAUCACUCGUUCGUCUUCAACGACGCCAUGGGCUUGGAAGGCAUCAGAGGAGUCUGUGAGGAGGACAUCAAACACGCCAUGCAAGGACACCUGAAAGAGGGUUACAAGUUCAAUGCUGCAUCUGCAUUGCAUCCGUCCGAUGAAGGCUAUAACGAGAACCCUGAUAGAAAUGACAUGGCAGACAUACUGGUCUGUGUUGUUUCUGCCAAUGCUGUGCCUUUUCUGAAGGAUGAUACCCUGAACAAGAUGCAAAUCAUCAGAACAGCUGCCAGAGACUAUGACAUUCCACAGAUGGCCAUUCUGACAAAAAUUGAUGAAGCUUGUCCAAUCGUUAAAAAAAGUAUAAAAAAUGUCUACAAAAGCAAGCACAUCAAGAAGAUGAUGGAGGAGCUCCAAAGUAAGCUGGGAAUUCCUUUAACUGACAUCUUUCCUGUGAAGAAUUACCACGAAGAACACGACUUGAAUAGUGACAUUGAUGUGCUGAUCCUAAAAGCACUGAGACAAAUUAUUCAAAUCGGAAACGACCACAUAAAUAAGGGCACAGAAUUUGUUCGUUAGCCUGCUUGAUGUAUUGUGGCGAUCGUGGACGUUCCGAGUGCCGCAAAGGAUCCUGGGAAGGUUCUGACUGUCGCUAAUUGGUGUGUAGCGUCUCCUGAGUGUGGUAAAUGAUGUAGAGGGAACCUCGGUGAGGGGAGUUUGCGAACACCACCACCGCCAACGAGGUGUUCAUGUUGGUGGGUCAUGUGUUUCACGUGUGUGGGUGUGUUUAAAUAAACUUAAUGCUAGACACUAGCAUAAAGUAACGAUGAAUGUGACAGGGAAAAGGGUUAAUUCAACAAGCUUAAGCAGAAGGGAAAAAGUGGUUUACACCAGACUAAGAUUAGGACAUACAGAUUUGAAUGCAACCUUACAAAUAGUAGGAAGGGGUUAUGGAUCAUGCAUAGAAUGCCAAGAUAAAGAAGCUGUAGAACAUGUUAUUUUUGCAUGUUAUAUAUAUAAUAUAUUGAUAGUAGAGCAAUAUGGCAGACAACGGAAGAAGAUAACUCAAUUCAUGUUAUACUUGAAGAAAAGGGGAUGACAAGGGAGAGACUUAAAGCCUUGUUUAUUUUUUCUUAAAAAUACUGAUAUAAUGAAAAUAAUAUAAUUAUUGCUAUUAUUUUUAUUUAUUUAUUCAUUUAUUUUUAAGUACAGAUUCUACGACGUGCAGUAUUACACACUCCUGUACAGUUGUUGGUGUUAAGCAAAAAAAAACAUUCUGCCGGUAAUCUGCCAAAAAACAAAAGGUAACCCUU